AUGGAAGUUCUUCCAUGUUCUGAAGCUCGUCAUGUAGGGGAAUCUGGUUGCCCCGAACAGGAAUCUGGUGGAGCACCCAACAGCCUCCAAGAUGCCGAGCUAGCUAUAGAGUCCCGUGUGACAGAGGGCAGUCAAUUUAUUUUCGACGGUUCUAAUGGUGAUGAUACGUACUAUGAGUUUGACUUUGAUGGUCAAAUUCUCUCGUCGUUCUCACAUGAGUCUGAAGAUAACAACUUAGGUAAAAGAGAUCAUUUUGCCGAAUCUGGUCUCGUUUUAGAGAACUCUCAGUUAGGUUUGGAUCAUACAACCGAAAAUGAACUGCCUGAUGAUAAUAUGGUACAAGAUGGACCCCAAGCAGUUUGGGUUAAGUGGAGAGGAAAGUGGCAAUCUGGAAUUAGAUGUGCGAGGGUCGACUGGCCAUUAUCGACUUUAAGAGCAAAGCCAACUCACGACAGGAAACAGUAUCUUGUGAUAUUCUUUCCUCGAACGAGGAAUUAUUCGUGGGCUGAUGUGCUGUUAGUUCGUCCUAUUAACGAGUUUCCUUUGCCCAUUGCGUGCAAGACGCAUGAAGUUGGUGUGAAGAUGGUGAAAGAUUUGACUCUCGCUCGUCGUUUUAUCAUGCAGAAACUUGCUGUGGGCAUGCUAAAUAUUCUCGAUCAGUUGAACCGUGAGGCUUUGGUGGAUACUGCUCGUGAUGUGAUGGUCUUGAAGGACUUUGCAGUGGAGGCUUCACGCUGUAAAGAUUAUUCUGAUCUGGGAAGGAUGCUUUCGAAACUUCAAAAUAUGAUACUGCACCGCUACCUAAAUCAAGACUGGCUUCAUCAGUCUCUGCAUUCCUGGAAUCAACGAUGUGAGGACGCUAAUACUGCUGAAAGCAUAGAAAUGCUGAAAGAGGAAUUUUCUGACUCCAUCUUGUGGAAUGAGGUCAACUCACUAACAAAUGAUCCGGGACCAGAGUGGAGGAGCUGGAAACACGAAGUUAUGAAAUGGUUCGCGGUUUCUAAUCCUGGGCCCGCCAAUUUAGGCCCAGACCAGCCCAUCAUCGAUGAUGGCCCAUUACCCGCCGGGCCCAGCACAACCAAUAAGCGGGCCAAGCUCGAGGUCCGCCGGGCUGACACACAUUCAGCAUCCACCUCUCAUCACCCACCGGUCCCUAUUGAAACUGACUUUUUCAGCAAUUACGAAAUUGUAAGUAGUGCAUUAUUCGACUCCGGAGCAGUAAGUAAAAACGGGGCCGUUGAGGAUGUAAAUAAUAAGUGGAAUAAUCUAGUUGUCGAGCCUAGUAACUUGGAGGAGGCUGUUACAGUUACUCCUAGGCCCUUUGAUUCGGUAAAUCAUAAUAGGCAGUGCAUGGCUUUUAUCGAAUCGAAAGGGAGGCAGUGCGUGAGGUAUGCCAGUGAAGGUGAUACGUACUGUUGUGUGCAUCUGUCCUAUCGUUUUGUUGCGAAUUCUGCUAAACGAGCCGAAAUAACAACACCAACAACACCCGUGGACUUGCCUAUGUGUGGGGGGACUACUGUUUUAGGUACCAAAUGCAAGCAUCGAGCAUUGGUUGGUUCUUCCUUUUGCAAAAAACAUAGGCCCAGGGACGGGGAAUAUUUGGAUUCCCUUCUUACAAAUAAUUAUACCAUCAAUAGUACUAAUAAUAAUAAUAAUAAACUCAAAAGGAAGAGUGAUGAAAAUCUUAAGCAUUUGGAGAGUAUUGUAAGUACUACCAGAGAAGAUGAACUCUCGGCAUGCCAAGAUCAACUUUUUGUUAAUAUACCCGAACCGGCUCAGCAAGCUGAUGUUAGUGAUAAGAUUGCGCAAUGCGUGGGUUCAUCCGGUCCUGAAGAUGCCGAUGGGCCCUGCCUCGAGAGCCCGAAGAGGCACUCACUCUAUUGUGAGAAGCACAUACCGAACUGGCUCAGACGUGCAAGAAACGGGAAGAGUAGAAUCGUGUCCAAAGAAGUUUUCUUGGAGCUCCUGAGGAAUUGCCCCUCGAGGGAACAAAAAUUACUGUUGCACCAGGCGUGCGAGCUUUUUUACAGGCUGUUCAAGGGCAUACUAUCUCUGAGAAAUCCGAUACCGAAGGAAGUACAAUUCCAAUGGGCCGUUGCUGAGGCUUCUAAGGACACGCGAGUCGGGAGGUAUUUGACGAAAUUGGUGGUCCGCGAAAAGGAACGGCUAAAAAGGCUCUGGGGUUUUGAAGAAAAUCUGAAUUUGCAAUAUUUUUCUGCCGUUGACGAAUCGGUUUCGAUUCCUGUGAAGACUGUCAACAACAACAGCAAUGAUGAUCGAGAAAAAAACAUCAUCAGAUGCAAAAUUUGCUCUCAGGAUUUUCUCGAUGACCGAGCGCUCGGGCAGCACUGGACAGACAGCCACAAGAAAGAAGCUCAGUGGCUUUUUAGAGGAUACGUGUGCGCGAUUUGCCUUGACUCGUUCACUAAUAGGAAGGUACUGGAGGCUCAUGUACAGGAGAGGCACCACGUGCAGUUUGUCGAGCAGUGCAUGCUUUUACAGUGUAUCUCUUGCGGCAGCCAUUUUGGGAACCCGGACGAGCUGUGGUUGCACGUGCUCUCAAUUCACCCGUCCAGUUUAUCCCUGUUAAACGAGCCUCAUCCACAGAAGGUGGAGCCGACUAAGGUGGGCCCGGUGGAAAAUUCCUCUCCGAAUAACCAGUCAGCCAAUCGAAGGUUCGUGUGUAGGUUUUGCGGCUUGAAAUUCGAUCUGCUACCCGAUCUUGGCCGCCACCACCAGGCGGCUCACAUGGGUCAGCACACCUCGACGAGCCUCGGGCGGACUAAGAAGGGCAUUGAGUACUAUGCACGUAAAUUGAAAUCGGGCCGCCGUUUCAAAAAGACUUUGAAUUCGGUAUCAUACAAGAUUAGGAACAGAAGCAUGCAGAACUUGAAGAAGCGGAUCCAGGCCUCGAACUCGGUUGGGCUUGGGCCAGUGGAGGUCAGAGUUCAGCCCACUGUGCCCGAGCCCACUACAAUUUUGGGUAGGCUUGCAGACUCCCAGUGCUCUUCCGUCGCGAAAAUAUUCAGUUCGGAAAUUAAAAAAACAAAAGCACGCCCGAAUAAUCUUGAAAUUUUAUCGGUUGCCACGUCAGCAUGCUGCAAGGUGAGCCUUCAUGCCUCGUUGGAGGCUAAGUAUGGAAUUUUACCCGAGAGGCUGUACCUGAAAGCAGCUAAAUUGUGCAGCGAGCAGAAUACUUCUAUCGAGUGGCAUCAAGACGGUUUUAUUUGUCCCAGAGGGUGCACGCCAGGUGUAAGACCACCGAUUUUAUCGCCUCUGGAGCCAUCUUCGGUUAAUUCGUUUGGAAAAGUCGGAUCUUUUUUUCAGUCGAAGAAUCUCACGGCUUCGGAAUGGACGAUGGACGAGUGUCACUGUGUUAUCGAUUCUCGAUAUUUUUCGAUGGACCUGUCUGAGAAGAAUGUUGUUUUAUGCGAUGACAUCAGCUUCGGGCUCGAGUCGGUACCCGUAGCUUGUGUGGUGGACGAAGUUUUAUUGAAUGCCGAGGGAGUUGAUGGACAAGUCGAGUUUUCUUUUCCUUGGGAGAGCUUUACUUAUGUCACUAAGCCAGUGCUCGAUAAAUCCGUUCUUCCUGAAACAGAGAGUUUGCAGUUGGGUUGUGCUUGUGCUCCCUCAACGUGCACUUCUGGAGCGUGUGAUCAUGUUUAUCUUUUCGACAAUGACUAUGAAGACGCGAAAGAUAUUCAUGGGAAACUCAUGCAUGGAAGGUUUUCGUAUGAUGAGAGAGGUCGAAUCAUAUUAGAGGAGGGUUAUCUAGUUUACGAGUGCAAUCAGAGGUGCCGCUGCACUAAAUCCUGUCGAAACAGGGUUCUGCAGAAUGGAGUUAAAUUGAAGUUGGAAGUAUUCAAGACGGAAAGAAAGGGCUGGGCAGUGAGGACAAGGCAGGCAAUUCUUCGCGGUGCCUUUGUCUGCGAGUAUAUUGGGGAAGUCAUAGAUGAAAAUGAAGCCAAUGAGAGGCGCAAUAGGUAUGGUGAGGAAGGUUGUGGGUAUUUUUACGAGAUUGAUGCUCACAUUAACGACAUGAGUAGAUUGAUCGAGGGCCAAGUCCCAUAUGUAAUCGAUGCCACAAAUUAUGGAAACAUUUCACGUUACAUUAACCAUAGUUGCUCGCCAAAUCUUGUGAAUCAUCAAGUUCUCGUAGAAAGUAUGGAUACUCAGCUUGCGCACGUUGGUCUUUACGCCAGUCGAGAUCAUGAGAUUGGUUCAGGAUAA